AUGGGACUCGACAUGAACGCUCGCGUGAGAGGCUUUUACAACUGGCGCCCACUACACUUGGCAGCAGCUGCUGGCCAGUAUGCCGCAGUCCAACAUUUAAUAGAACAAGGGGCAGACAUAUUCAACACGGCGGAUGGCGGACUCACAGCUCUUCACGUCGCGGCAUUUAUGGGCCACACGACCAUUGUCACCACUCUGCUGUCUCACAUACCCGACGCGGGCACCGAAAAGCGCUUUCUGAUGGCACAGACCGGGGGCAGCAUGGAGACGGCUCUUCAUCUUGCUGCUGCCUCGCAUUACUGCAGCGAUGCCUUGCUGAACGCCCUGUGCACGCGCGGAGAGAGAGUAUACUGGACCGGGCUGGCAAACCUCCAGGGGGAGCGUCCGAUCCACCGAGCUGCAGCCUCGCAACAUCCGGAGGCGUUGAAGUGGUUUCUAAGCGUUGUGAAACAGUGGAAUUUGGACGAAGAAGACCGUUUUGGCCGAACACCGCUCUGGCACGCGGCUGCAGUUGGAUCCGUUGACGGCGUACGCAGGCUUGCCAGAGCCGGCGCCUCAGUCAACCACGCCGACAUGUACGGCCGGACACCUCUUCACAUUGCCGUUUGCGAGGGCCACGAAGAUGUUGUCACCUGUCUGCUG